AUGGCAUUGUUUCCUGAGCUCGAACCGCACGACCUCGGCCAAGUUGUCGAGCCUCCUUGCUACCAGCAGAAAGUUCCGCCUGAGCAUUACACAGGAAUUCAUGCGGUUGAACUUUGUGAUGGCUUGGACUCGCCAGAGCCUGUGAAAUCACCCAGUUCGCCCCAAGCGAGCCUGGACGGCGACAAGUGGAUGGUGGACCUUGUAGCCAGCAUGGAGCCGACCAGGGCCGAAAUUAUUCGGGGCGUCCCCGUGCACUGUGCUUUGCGGGGCUGCGGGCAGGCGAUGCGUGGGAGGCAACUACGAGGACAACACCAACUCAGCCGUGCCACAACCUGCAUCGAUGAGUUUUGGUCCCACAGCUGGCACACAUCCGCCUGGAUGAAGUAUGUCACUGCGUGGUACUUGAACUGUGCUGCUGUCGCGGCUGCCUUCGGCAUGGGGGGAGCCCUCCUGGGCUUCGUGCUGCGUGCUGUCGGAGUCCUGCCUGCCACUCUCGACGGUGUCUUCUGCGACUCGCAGUGGAGUGUGUUGAGUGGGGUGAUCUUCUUCUGCGCAUCCUUUAUGUUGUGGCGGGUACGAAGGCUCGUGUUCCUGGACAUGCUCUGCAUAAACCAGGAGGACGAAGGUUUGAAGGGCGAGGCCAUGAUCAGCAUGGGUGCAAUCUUGAAAAGCUCAGCAUCAAUGCUGGUAUUGUGGGAUCCGAGUUGGGUACAGAGAUUCUGGUGUGUUUUCGAGCUGGCCUCGAGCAUCAUGGUGAUGGCGUUGACGAUAUCGACAGGGCUGUUGCCGUGUUUCCUCUGUCUUGCCCACAUUGGCCGAACUUUCUGUUGCAGCCUGGACACGCUGCAGCAACAACUCGCCAAGUUCCGAGUGAAGGACGCGAAGUGCUGGUGUUGCACUGUGAACCACGUCGACGAAACCGGCGAGCCCUUGCCUUGCGACCGUGAUGUCAUGCUGAAGUGCAUUAGAAUCUGGUUUGGAAGCAGUACUGACUUCGAAAGCUUGGUGCAGGGGCAUGUGCGGACGACACUGCUUCGACAGCUCACCAGUCCAGCGUACCUAUACCAGCAAGUCGUUGUGGCCAGUAGUCCGGUGAUGUGGUUGUUCUUGGAUCGAGUGGCUUAUCUCCUCUCAAUUGGUGACGCGAGCAUCGCGGUGUCGGUUUUCUUUGAUGCAUUGGCAUGGUGGCUGUUGGCAAUACCCAGCAUCGUAGUGAUAGGUGUUGCGGUGGCUUACAAACUCCGCAUGAAGCAAGCACGUUGUGUGCUCGAUUUGGUCUUCAGCCUCGCAGUGUUAGUGGUGGCAGCUUGCAUUCUUGCGGCAUUCGUUGUUGCAUACAAUUUCAUUGACCAGCAAAUGAAUGCGCUUUCCCUGCAGCGCGAAAUAUUUGCAUUUUUGCGCUCGGCUAUCUUUGCCGGAACCAAGCUCGCGUCUGCAUCGGCAGAUGGAAUUCUGCGCCUUUGGGACCCCACCUCUGGCACAUGCGGCGAUCUGCUGGAGGCCACAGAGCCACGCGGCUUCGCCAGUUGCAUUUCCUGGGCUCCCGACGGCGUGCGACUGGCCACCGGCUAUCAGGAUGGCGAAGUGGUGGUGUGGUAUCCUCACGCCGCCUUGGCCACGGUGAGCUGCUCCGGGCAUACGAACCAAGUCAGGUGCAUUGCGUGGAGCCCACAAGGCAAGGAUUGUGUGGCUUCCGGCUCCCUUGAUGGGACGGUGAGGAUAUGGGAGCCCAAGAAAGGCAAAUGCUUGAAGACCUGCCAAGGGGAUGGCGGAUAUGUCUACUGUCUCCUUUGGCACCCGGAGGCCACAUCUCUGGCCGCCGGCAGCACAGACGGCAUUGCGCGGCUUUUCGAUCCGCUCACUGGGACGUGCAUCGUACGUUGGGAGGGCCAUGUUGGCCCAAUAUCUUCCUUGGCCUGGGGACCAGGUGCGACGAGUCUGGCCACCGGUUCCCAUGAUGGCUCUGCCUUCAUCUGGGGUGUGGACACGGGUCGGCAGGUUGCCGCCUGCAGCACCCCGGGAAGAGUUUACACCAUUGCUUGGAGGAACGACUCCCAGCGCCCAAGACUGGCCACUGGAUCGAGUGAUGGCAGCAUCUGUAUCUUCGAUGCCAGCCUCGGAGUCUGCAGCUUGUCAGACUGCGGCUGGGGGAUUCCUGGUCAUUCCUGGUCUUCGUUUGAUGUUGCUAGCUACAACAGAAGCCUGAGUAAGUAG